UAUAUACAUACUUAUAUAGAAAAAGCAAUAUAGCGCCAUCUGAUCAAAUCGUUCAAAUUCUUUGUGCAUGUUUCUCUGUAACCUUUAAAGUAUAUGCGACAGCGUUUUAUGUUGAGGAAAAUUACGCGUAUUUUAAAAACGUAGUUUAGCUUAAAUCCCGUCGCUGUCAGAUUUACGUAUUUUGGUUGUUGUCGACGCGGGUGAGCAACAAAAAUUAAGAAUUACGGGUAGAAGUGAGUAGGAAGAAAAACAUCUUUGACAGAAAUUCGAAAACCGAAAAUUUGCGUAUGUUUGCCUGCUGUUACGAUAUUCUCGCACGAUGGUAAAAUCCUAUUUGUAAUAUCUGCAAAACGAUUUAGUUUCAUUUUAUAACCAACAAUUUUGGAAAAAGAAUAGCCGACAAUUUUUUUAUUAUUUAACCUCCGUUAUAUGAUAUUAAAACAGGAUCGAGUUCGAUACAUUGAUUCUAUAAAAGUUUGAAUUUCUGCUACAUCUUCGGUAUCUAAAUCAUUCCUUCGUUAUUUUCCUUCGUUGAUUACUGGCAAAUUAUAAUUCACAAUACUUGAACUAUCUCGGCUUCGUCGAUUUUUGAUGACAAAAAUUAUUCCAGUUAUUCGCUAAGACAAGUGUGUUUCGAGAAUAUGAUAACCACAAACUUUACAAUUCUGGAGGUAUUGAGCCAACUAAAUUAAAUAGAAUUGCAUUGGGAAAAUUGGUUUUGCACAUCCUAAGAACAAAAUAUCAUCUUUGAAAUCUGUAUUACAAAAGCUAAAACUUGAGAAACAAUGGAUACAUCUAUACGAGAGAAGUUGCACACCUUUGUGGAUGCUAUAAUUAGAGUUCCACCUUUAUUUAUCAUAGAUGAACUACUUAGAAUUGGACUUGGAUUAUCUAACGACAGUAUUGUGCUACAUAGUAGUGAAAAUGGUUUUAAAAUAGCAAAAGUAUCAGACAGCAUUAUGGGUUCGAUAAUACCUGUUUCGUUUAUAGAUUCAUUUGGUUUUGAAUACUUUGCUUACAAAAUGCAUUUAAUAAUUGCACUAAAAUUUCUAUGCUGCUGUUUAGGAUAUAUUACUGCAAUAUGUAUAUUUAUGUUAUGGACAAAACAUCUUAUCAUUGUAUACUUAUAUUUAAUAUCAGUAGGAGCAAUAUUUAUAUCCUAUUGGUCAAAUAUUAGUACAAUGAAAGCUAUCAUUACAUAUGUGAGCACACAUGAAUCAACAACUAGCAUACUUGAUGAUAUUUUGUAUCUUAACUUGAAAUACGUUUUAAAUGAAGGACCAGGCUUCCUGAUAAUCCAGAAUUAUGUAUUACAAUGCUUAUUAGCUAGUAUUUUUUGUUAUAUUCAUCUUGCACCAAAACACCCAGCUCUGCAAAAAUUUCUUGUACUGAGUUUUAUGGCACCGUCGAUUUUGGGCAUUUGUCCGCUCCCGACACAAGUGCUCCAUCAUCUACCAGUGUUCGCAACACUUCUUCCGUUAGCUGUAUGUAAAUUUAUCAUUUGGUUUAACGGCGUCACCAUGAUGAACACAAUUUAUAUGGGUUAUCAAUAUGCGCGUAAUUUCAUAAGCAACUAUGGACUGUCCGCGCUCGUCGAAACCGAAUGGAUUCGAUUGAACAUUCCGUGUGUGCUACGCAUGUUUUGGAUGUUACGCGUGGGAGGACAAAUGUUUCAAAUCCUUGGAAAUCAUUAUGGCGAAGAGACGUUCACCUACUACAUAAUGCUUAGAAGUUUAUUAGUCAAUGGCUGCGAGACUUUGACGGCAGUCUUAGGAAUGACUAGCAUAAUUUCGUUUAUUUGUGAUUACAUCGGUUGUUUCUUUCAAUGGGUGCUACUUACGGAAGACGAAGAGGAGAAGAGUAUCGGUACCGUAUCCGCGAUUUUAUUUUACGUGCUGGCCCUGCAAACUGGACUGACGAGUUUGGACAGAGAGAAACGUUUGGUCAGACUGUGCCGUAAUUUUUGUUUAUUGUUUACGGCGGUUCUACAUUUCGUGCACAACAUCGUCAAUCCGUUGUUGAUGUCGCUCAGCGCCUCGCAUAAUCCAGCGCUUCAUCGACACAUCCGCGCUCUGGCAGUUUGUGUAUUUUUAAUACUGUUUCCAGUAUCAUUGCUGGUAUUCCUUUGGUCGCACUAUACCGUAAGCACUUGGUUACUGGCAGUAUCGGUGUUUAGUGUCGAAGUAAUAGUAAAAGUGUUGGUUUCACUUGCGAUCUAUUCCCUCUUCCUGAUCGAUGCUUACCGUAGCGUGUUCUGGGAGCAACUCGACGACUGCGUAUAUAUAAUACGAUCUUUCGGUAACACCAUCGAAUUCGCAUUCGGUAUUGUCCUAUUCUUCAACGGCUUUUGGAUUUUGGUGUUUGAAUCUGGUGGAGCAAUUCGUGCCGUCAUGAUAUGCAUUCAUGCCUACUUUAAUAUAUGGUGUGAGGCGAAAGCCGGAUGGAGUGUGUUCAUGAAGCGUCGAUCAGCUGUUAAUAAGAUUAAUUCCCUUCCGGAAGCAAAGGCGGAACAACUUCGAGUGUUAGAUGAUGUGUGUGCUAUUUGCUAUCAGGAAAUGCAAAGUGCCAAGAUCACGCGCUGCAAUCACUACUUCCACAGUGUCUGUUUACGAAAGUGGCUGUACGUCCAGGACCGCUGUCCACUUUGCCACGAUGUAUUGUACAAAAUCGAGAACUCGCAGAACGAUAAAGAUAACGAGGUAAUCGCUGGUGAUGAAGAGGCGGAAGCGAACGCUGAAGACUUCUUCGAAGUAAAUGAAGACAGGUGAAAAGACGCAUAGCUCUAACGUAUGCUGAUAAACUGUUAUGAAUCUCAAAUUUAAAAUCGUAAGAUAUCGAUCUCUGAAAAAUCUUGCCUAAAAAAAUUUCGUUUCUUGAAAGUCGCUCAAAUUGCAAAACUCUCGUACGAGGUACUUUAAACCUUUCUCGACAAAGAUACAAUUUGUCGGAGAUAAUAAAAAAUUUUACCGCGAAAAGAGCUCUAAACUAUAUUAUUUUGCGAGCUCUGAUUCGUUAUCGUUUACGUUUAGCUUAUAAAGAUAUUUCUUACGGUCCCAAACCCUGCUAAUUUAGAAUGACGAAUAUUCGCGCGUAGGCAACUUGCUUUUAUACUUUUUUUAGCAUAAGCUAUGUUCAAGCUUCCGUACACUUGUUCUGCUUACUCUUCCAUUUUAUAAGAUACUACUACUUUACGACGACCAUCGACAGAUUCCGUUGAUUCAAAUUAAAAAGCUCGUAUCGCUCGUAUCGUGUCCAUUAGAAUAAACGUUCCUAGGUACGAUCCAACCGAAUUACCAUGUAUUUUAUUCAGUAUGCAAAAUACUUUACUUCACGGCUCUGUUGUCGAAUGAGAGAUGAUAACACGAUCAUCGAAAAAUCCUUGUAGAUAUACAUACAUAUAUAUAUAUAUAUAUAUAUAUAUACACAUAUGUAUAUUUACACGUAUGUAUACAUGUGUUGAUAUAUAUUGACAAAUACGUCGAUAUAUACAUAUGUGCGUAGAAUAAAUAUAUAUGUAUCUAUAUCUACAGUGAUAUAUACAUAUACAUAUAUAUAUAAGUACGCGAGAUUCCAGAUAUAAGUUAAACGUACAAGAAUCGCUACUCAAUCCAUUUCUUAUGGUUUCAAGAUGAUGGGAUUACGAGAUUAACGAUUCUUAACAUUUUUCGAAGUCGAUAGAGGAAAACAAUACAACUCUAUUCUUUGUAGAACCGUAUUAAUCGGAGAAAUUAGUUUCGGUAUGAAAUUUACAUGUAACAGUUAUAUAUAAUAUGUGAUUUUCUAUUUUAAACGCGCGCAUUUUACUUCUUCCGAAAAAGAACAAUCACUUUGGUGAAGGAAGCAGGGAAUCUUUUUUUCUUUCCAUUUUAAUUAUUUUCUCUGUCGUUUCGAUUGAAAUUCACAAGCCUCUGUGAUAGUAAGAUAACGGCGAAAAAAAUUAUAAGUUUUUUAAUUUAUUGCAACAAAGCAUUAUUUACUUCCUAUACGAUUUAAUAAUGAUCAUAUGAAGUUUUGUUUGUAAGAUCAGAAUAUGUCUAAUAAAUGUUAUAUUUUUAAA